AUGCACAACGUGAAAAGACAACAUUUUAGUGAGGAGGUAAAGAAACAGAGACAGGCAAAAGAUGCUUUAAAGAUUAGAAACUAUAGAUCUUUGCAAGACAAAGUGUUGAAUUUGAAGAAUGAGAGAGUAUACAGCGCAGAUGUUUUCAAUCUCACGACUGAUUUGCUACAAUUGAAUCCAGAAUUCUACACUAUUUGGAACUAUAGAAGAGAUAUCAUCACAAACUAUUAUCAAAAAAAUUCAAGUGAAGAAGACCUAGCAAAGCUGUUUGAUCAAGAAUUAGGGUUCAUCAUGAUGAGAUUGAAGGAAUUUCCCAAAGUUUAUUGGAUUUGGGGCCAUAGAGUUUGGACUUUAGAACAUCAUCCAAGAGUCAAUUGGAAAGCUGAAUUGAUGAUCGUCUCAAAAUUAUUAACGAUGGAUUCAAGAAAUUUUCAUGGGUGGCACUAUAGAAGAUACGUCAUCUCCAAGUUGGAAGAAAGCACAGGAGAAUCAUAUGCACUAAAAGAGUUUGAUUUCACCACUGAAAAGAUUAAUAAAGAUUUCUCCAACUUCUCAGCAUGGCACAAUAGAACCAAAUUGAUUCCAAUAUUAUUAGAGUCGAAACCAACAAGUCAAUUUGAAUCAAGUCUUGGAUUUCUACAACAAGAGUUGACGUAUUUGAAAAAUGCUAUGUAUACUGAUCCUCAGGAUCAAUCAGUAUGGAUCUAUUUAAGAUGGCUUCUAACAUCUGAUAUAUUUAUUGAAAAAUUGGAUCGGAAAACUUAUAUUGAAAUCUUAAAUCAAGAACUAACAAAUGUCAAAGAGUUGAAUCAAUUAGAAAAGGAAGAUAAUGGGGUUGAAAAUAACUGGUGUUUGAAAUCAAUAGUUACGAUUGAAACUAUUUUGAACAAGAUUGAAAACAAUCCAACAUACAAAACAGAAAUCGAAGAAUCAUUAGUGAAGUUGAUUGAUAUUGAUCCACUACGGAAGAACAGAUAUACAUACUUAUCAGAAAACUAUUUUGAGAAUUGA